AACAAGGUUACAAAAAAAUAUUAUCAUACAAAAAAUAAUUUAACGUUACGACAACGACAAUCUCGCUCUUCAUCCUUACCACAUCCAAUAGAUGAGCUGAAAAACGUUCAACGUAAUAAUAAAAAUAAACAACAACUAGUUAUAUCGAAGUUAAAUGAUAGUCAAAAUGUGCAUCAUCAACAAAUACAACGACGAUCUGUAAAUCGACAACAAAAACCACAACACUUUAUUAAAGGUAAAACAGGUGUGAAAGUAAAGCAGCCCAUACCAGAACAACUUCACAAACAUAAAAGUAAUAAAACACAGACGUUUAAAAGUAAAUCACAACAACCAUUAUUUAAAGAGAAUAAUCAUAAUAAUAUUCGAAAAAGAGCGGUGUCACAACAAAGUCAUGCACAUAAUAAUCAUUGA